AGUUAAUCAAACGCGGGCACACCGAGCGAAAUUCAGCGCAGCGCAGCAGAAUCGACGUUACCAUUAUUUCUGAUCAAUUAAACAAUUGGAAAAUCCGGCCGCAGAUCGCGAAGUGUUUGUACCGCCCCCACCACGCCCACAGCUGCCCACGCCGCCACGCCCCCUGGCGCGGGGUCAUAUCGAUAGAGAGCGCUGUGUGUGUGUGUGUGUGUGUGUGUGUGAGGCAGAAGAGGAAAAAAAAAAACGCAGCGAAAAGCGAUAAGAAACAGAGGAGCACACUGGAAAAAAUUGCGAUAAGCAGUGGGGCAAGCGGAAAUUGCCAAGAUCCUGGAAUGGAUUAGGGGCACCAUUUGGGUUGUGAGGUUAGCCAACAGUGGGAUUAGGAUCACGAUCAGGAUCAGGAGCAGGAGCAGACCACGAGCAGCCAUGUCGUCCGCCGUGAACAUACAGAUCGUCUCCAUGCCGAACCUGGCCAAGAUCGAGAGCUUCCUGAAGGACGUAAGCUACCGGGAGACGAUCGAGUACAGCGCCAACUUCAACACGCGUCUGUGCAUCGAGCGGCGCCUCCGGCUGCCCUUCCUCGAUCCACAGACGGGCGUCGCCCAGAAUCACUCGCAGCUCUUUCUGGACAAGCGGCAGCGGAUGCCCGGCUUCCGUCAGGGCCAGAUCUACACCUAUCCGGCUGCCCGGUGGCGGAAGAGCCGCCGCCAGUACUUGAGCAAGAUGUACAGUCGCUUUCCGGAGCGCCCUUUCCAGGCGUUGCGCAAGGAACACGAGGCUCUGGUGGCCAGCGGCGUGAAUCUGGGACUGAGCAGCCUGCCCAGUGGUGGGGGACCUAUGCCCGGCACCACCAACCUGGCCAGCAGUUCCAACCUGACGCUUAACAUGCUCACUGGCGGCGGAGCAGCGCCGGCGGUCCUGGGUUCCCUGCACAGCGACACUGCCCACGAUUUCAAUGGGGCCUUCAGCCUGGAGGAGUCCAGCUCGCUGGGUGCCGCCGGCGGUGAUACCUCCGACAGCAAGGACAGCCAACAGCAGCAGCAUCAGCAGCAACAGCACCAGCAGCAACAUCAGCAGCAGCAGCAGCAGGCCGUCAAAGAGGAGCAGCUGCCCAAGGAGUGGUUCUACGACGAGAUGGACAUGAACGAUGUGGACUCGCUGGAGGAGCCAAAGUCGCCGGCGGACGAUGAGUACGACUACGAUCCGCGCUACGGCAACAAGAAGCGGCGCAAGCGGCGGCCAGGCAAGCGAGGAGGAGAAUCAGGCGGCGGCGGUGGCGGUGGAGGCGCCAGUGGUGUUGGCAGCUCCGGCGGUGGCUCCAGCUCACGGAGACGAAGUGCCGCGGUCAGGUCCCGCAUCACCAUGUCGGAUGCGGCGCUGGACGCCUCGCUGGAAGCCAUCGAGUCCGGUGAGAGUGUGCCGGGCAGCAAUGGCGGCCUGGUCUCCAGCGGUGGCAUCCUCAGCAGCAGUCUGGGAGCAGGCCUCGGAGCAGGAGUCUCGGGAUCGGGUGGAGCAGGAGGAGGUGCAGCUGGUGCAGCCUCGGCCAACAGCCGGCGAUCCCGGGGAGCGGGCACACGCGGCAGGCGACGAGCCAAGGGACCAGGCGGUGCCCCCGGAGUUGCGUGUGAUCCGACAAGCCCCGGCGGCAUGGUUAUAGAGCCACCAUCCUUCGAGAGUGCCGCUGCUGCUGUGGGCGUGGUCGAGGACGCGAACGCCCAUCUGCGCAACUAUCGGAAGUAUCUGUAACCGCCCGCUCUUUCAACAACUAAUUUUUCGUGUAAUCAAUCAGUCCCCCCUGUUUUCGCAUUGUUUUCUCCGCCUAUCGAUCGAUCUAUUUUUCGCACCUAAUUUAAAGCUAGUUUUUAAGCCUUAGUUGAUUACUGUUGAACACCCCUCCACGUCCCCCCCAAAAAAAAAUUAUGGAAAUUAAUCAAAUACAUUGUGGACCAGGAAUAAAAAAAAAAACAGGAUUAGGAUCGCACCAGGCCGUAGCCAAUACAGUUCCCAUGUUUCGCCUCUCUUAACUUUACGUUCCCAUAGCCAAUUGAUUGUUGUUUUUUGAACUACCCAUAGACUGGCGAGCCUAUCUUAAAAGUGUAUAUCAACAAAACCGAAAAGGAAGUAGAUCGAUUUAAAAAUUUCCAAGGAAAAAUACAUACAAAUACAUAAUUGCACACUUAGCUAACUUUUAGGCAUUUAAAAACCAUCAUAUCAAGUCAAACAAUGAAUUAGUUAGCGAACAAUUUAAAUGAAAGCAUUAACAGCGUGUAAAUUUAAUAGAUUCUAAACUUCAAGGCAUUUUCAAAAAUAUUUCAUUUAGGCAAACGAAUGGCGUUGAAUUCUUAAUUGGUUUGAAUAUCUUAACAAGUAUAUUAUAUAUAUAUUAUUGACUACAUUUAAAUCAUCUUUGCAAAAAGAAUCUGAAAUAGCUCCUUGAUUUAAGUGUGCAACUAAAAAGUUGUAAAUCUCUAUGCCUUAUUUCCAAAGUUUUCUUUAGAGAAGUUCGCCAGUCUAAGACAUUAUAUUGUACAUUUUAUAUAUAUAUGAGUGUACAGGCAUUAUAUAUAUUUACAUGCAUUA